GCGAUGGACCGGCAGUCGGAGUGGAUCGUCCUCCGCCUCGUGCACGCGUUCCUCAAGUCGAGGAAGCUCCACCGCGCGGCGUACGCGCUGGAGAAGGAGGCGAGGCUGAAGCUGGACCUGCCGCACCUGCACACGCUCUUUGCCAAGGGCCGGUGGCGGGCGGCGGACGAGUACGUGACGGCGUUCUUGGGCGCCGCCAAGGAAGAGACCGGCAGCACGCCCGCCGCGUCCGCCACGCUGUUCGUCGUCAGGUUCGAGCGCUUCGUCCGCGCGCUCAAGCGGGGCGACGAGGCCUGGGCCAUGAGGUACUUCGGCCGCGCCAUCGAGCCCCUCCUCGACAGCCACCCGGACAAGGCCGCCGCGCGCGCCGAGUGCAUCAGGGCGCUGGAGCUAGACGACGAGUCCCUCCGCCGCAGCUACCCCGACGACGACCGGCACAGGCGCGAGCGGGAGACGGAGUUCAUCCGCUGCGUCUACGAGAACGAGAGCAUCUCCCGCGCCUUCAACGACGUCUUCGACGGCAACCUGCGCUUCAUGAGGAGGACGACCUCCCUCGGCCUGCGCCGCCACGUCCGCCGCGGCCCGCCGUGUGAUCAGCGAUGAAAGAAAAAAGACAAUCGACUGUCUUGCUCCUUGUACUAGCACGUUGU